AAUAAUAAUAAAUUAAGCCAAUAAAUCUGUUUAUAUUACUGCAAUACCAGUAAAACAAUAUCCAAAAUGAAGCCCUCUUACAAAAUCGCCAAUGAGAAGUUAGCCGAGCUUGGUCGCAAGGAGAUCAUGCUGGCAGAGAAGGAGAUGCCCGGUCUGAUGGCCUGCCGCCUGAAGUAUGCCCCCAGCAAGAUCCUCAAGGGAGCCAGAAUAGCUGGAAGUCUGCACAUGACCGUGCAAACUGCAGUCCUCAUUGAAACUCUUAUUGAGCUGGGAGCUGAAGUGCAAUGGUCCAGCAGCAACAUCUACAGCACGCAGGACGAGGCGGCCGCCGCGCUCGUGGCCGUCGGCAUCCCCAUCUACGCCUGGAAGGGGGAGACUGAAGACGAGUACACCUGGUGCAUCGAACAGACUAUCGUCUUCCCCGAUGGAAAGCCAUUGAACAUGAUCUUGGAUGAUGGAGGUGAUCUUACAAACUUGGUUCACAAGAAAUACCCUCAAUACUUGGAAGGCAUCAAAGGAAUCUCUGAAGAAACCACCACUGGUGUCCACAAUUUAUACAAAAUGUUCCGUGAGGGUACUCUGAAAGUACCUGCAAUCAAUGUCAAUGACUCAGUGACAAAGAGCAAGUUCGACAAUUUGUAUGGUUGCAGGGAGUCCCUGUUAGAUGGAAUCAAAAGGGCCACUGACAUUAUGGUAGCUGGGAAAGUUUGUGUUGUAGCUGGAUACGGAGAUGUUGGCAAGGGCUGUGCUCAAGCAUUCAAGGGAUUUGGAGGAAGAGUUAUUGUUACUGAAAUCGACCCUAUCAAUGCCCUGCAAGCAGCCAUGGAGGGAUUCCAGGUUACAACAAUGGAAGAGGCUGCUGAUGUCGGACAGAUCUUUGUUACCACCACCGGAAACUUGGAUAUCAUCACUAAGGACCAUUUCUUGAGGAUGAGAGAUGACGUCAUUGUAUGCAAUAUUGGUCACUUUGAUUGUGAAGUUGAUGUAGCUUGGCUAGAAAACAAUGCUAAGAAAGUGAACAUCAAGCCUCAAGUUGACAGAUAUGAACUGGAGAAUGGCAACCACAUUAUUGUUCUUGCAGCUGGUCGCCUUGUCAACUUAGGAUGUGCCACUGGCCAUUCAUCCUUUGUGAUGUCUAACUCAUUCACCAACCAAGUCUUAGCCCAGAUUGAACUGUGGACCAAAGCUGAAACCUACCCUGUUGGAGUUCACACUUUACCGAAAAAGUUAGAUGAGGAAGUUGCAGCUCUACAUUUGGACCACCUUGGAGUGAAACUUACAAAACUGACCGAGAAACAAGCCAAAUACAUCGGAGUUCCUCAGGAGGGACCCUACAAACCAGCCCAUUACAGAUACUAAGACAGUCAUAUAUUUUAAGCAGAAAUUACACUUAACCAAUGUAAGGUAUACAAAAUCUUUUUUGGUAUAAGUAGGCCGUUAUUGGCUUUACUCUUGUACUUACCAUUACUAUCAAUAUCAAUUUACUUCGAGUUUCUCAGCUAAACUGAAUAUUUGAUGUGUGAGAUUGAAUAAAAUAUUU